AUGACUCGCAUUUUCAUAACAGGUGUUUCUGGCUACAUUGGCGGCGAUGUUCUCAACGGUAUUACACAAGCGCGACUUGCUUCAAGAAUUGUGGCUUUAGUGCGAAAUGAGUCUCGUGCAACACGGAUUACUGAGAAAUACCCAUCUGUCACCCCGCUGAUUGGAGACUUGGAUUCUACCACUGCAAUUCAAAAUGAGGUCUCCCAGGCCGAUGUUGUCCUCCAUCUGGCUAGCUCCAACCAUAUUCCUAGUGCGAGAGCUAUUGUAGACGGUCUUUCGAAAACGCAGCGACAAAACCCAGUUUGGAUUCAGAUUUCCGGGGCUAGUCUUCUUUCUGGGCCGGAGAUCGUGAAUAACAGCUAUGGCGAAGCCCGCUCUAAGGUUUAUAACGACCUAGCAGGAAUUUCUGAAGUCCGAGAUAUCAUCAACUCUUCCCCCAAAAGGGUUGUAGAUCAGCUUAUUACCAGCCUGUCUACCAGUCAACCUUCCGUCCGGACAGCGAUUGUAUAUGGGCCUAUGAUUUACGGCUUGGGAAGAGGCCCUGUCAACCAACGAAGCAUCCAAAUCCCGGACUUAGCAAAGGCAACCUUGAAGCAUGGGCAAGGCCUCCACGUCAGGAAGGGCCUUAACACUUGGAGCCAUGUUCAUAUCUCGGACAUCACGCGUCUGAUCGUGUCGCUGGUCGCAGAGGCUUCCAGUUCGACCAAUCAGCCGUUGUGGAAUGCGAACGGGAUCUAUUUCCCCGAGGCGGGAGGACUGUCGUAUCGCGAUAUUGCGAAGAAGAUGUCCUCUUUUGCUUAUUCGAAGGGCCUUAUUAAGUCGCCCCAUACCCAGGAAAUCGAUGCUGAGACAGCAGACCGGCUCAUUGCGCAUGGUUCUGUUCUUUGGGGAACAAAUGCUCGAACAUCAGGCGAUCGCGCCCGUCAGUUGCUCGGGUGGAGCCCUCAGGGUCCGAGUUUAGAGGAGGAGAUUCGACGAGCGAUACUGGCGGAGGCAGCUGUCUCUGGCAAUAAAUCCUCGGAGAAGCUGGCAUGA